AAUCCGGUUUAAGAUGAAAUAGAGUUUAAAAUUAAGAAAAAUUUUCUUUGUUUAACCGAUUAUUCUAUUGUCACUCAUUUUUUAAAAAUAGAUGGAGCUAAUGGCGUUUUUGUUUACAAUAGGGUUUAUAUAAUGAAACUGUUAACGUCGAUGGUGUUGAUGGUACAUAAAAUGUUAAAUGAGAUCAACGGCGUGUGAUGACGGAGAUCCUUGGUUGACGGUUGACUGUUCAUGUGGUCUUGGUUUGCUUGGUUGACUAUGAAAUGAUUUGGAUUCACUUUACGCAAGGAUGAAGUCAAAAUAGAUGGCAAACGAGAUGAUGAUCAAGAUGUGGUGAAGACGAGUCCAGUCUCACUUUUGGUGUUCACCAAAUUAACCAGUGAUAUUAUAAAAAACGGGAAGAGAUUCUAAGUAUCAGUGGUGUUUUGGUGAUUAUGGUAUCAUUUGGUUCUCUUUUUUUUGGUCUUUUUAUGGAUCAUUUCAAUGAUUACAAUUGCAAUUGUCACUGAUGAAGUACUAAUCUUUCCAGGGAUUUGAAGCAAGUUAAAUGGUAUUUAGUUACUACUCUGCCAAUGUCUGUCCAAGGAAGGCUUGACCCGAUAGAGAAUCUUGAUGGCUUAAGAUGUUUACUUGUUUUUUGGUUCAGCGGAAGAAGAUCUUAAAGCUAUCAUCUUGUUGAAGGUGUUUUCCUCCAAUGAGCAUCAUCUUUUCUUUUUCUGCUUUAUGUUUACUUCCUUAAGGUGAAGUAUAAGGUUGAUGUCAAUGUACUGGGUAAAAGUAAACUAACCUGUCUUAUUUCAAGUUUCACGCUGCCAAAAAAUUGACCUUCCAGGCCUGGUUAUGGGUCCAUUCAUUGUUUACUUUUUUCUAGAAAACAAAAUUAACUGAAUAGUAAUUUAAUGGUUUACGAUUUUGCAGCUGAUUACAAUCUCUAGUCUACAUUUGUAACAGUAUGGUGACAAUGUAUAGAUACAAUUGUAAGCUGAGCAUUUUUUGUCAAAUUGUUGGACCGAUUACCGAAUUGUGCAAAGUUGAAAGGAUUAAAUCUAAUGAAGCUACCCGAUGACAGCAAUAAUCUUCAAACAAUACAACUAUUGUUUCAUAAUCGGAAAGAUCAAUCAAUCAGCUAUUUUCAAAUAAUUCAACUGAUUAUCUCUAAAACAAUUUGGUGUAAAUUGAUUGUAAUAAAUCACUUAAAUAGUAAUAGCAAGUUAAUUCAAAAUAAGGAUUUGCAUUGCAGUUAAUUUGGGAAGCUAAAGUCUUUGUCAGCAACUUUAAGUUGAAUAAAAGUCAUAUUUGAUUGCUGAACCUAAUGGCUACUUAGAAACAAUAGGAAGCUCUUAACAUUGACAUUAGUUACAAACAUAAAUCAUAAGAAUUGAUUAUUAUUGUGUCAGGUUUUCAAUUCUGUAUUGAAUCAUAAUACAACUGGAAAAGCAACUUGUUGAUAGUACUGAUCGAAUCAUGGAUUGAGUUAUCCAAUGGUCAAUUAGAGAUUUGUUGCUAUUCGCUUAUCAUGUAAUAUAGCAUGUAUUGUAAUAUAAAGUUUUAAUUUUAUGGAAAACCGAAAUAGCAAGAACAGCUAAGUCCAAAUAUCGAUCGAAAAAAGAGCAUUACAAAUGGCUAUAUUAGAUUGAUAUUCGUGAUUCAUUAUUAACUUGGAGAUUAUGCUAAUGAUUUGUAGUUAAUACCAUCAGUUGAGAUGUUAGUUAGUAUCUAUGUUUAACCCGAACCGGAAAAUUGAAAGAUUAAUUGGAAUCAAUUGAUUCUGGGUAAAUAAAAAAGCUUUUUGUCAACUAAUGAUUCAGUUUCCGAGUAAGAUUUGAAUCGAUCAACAUUUUGGUUUUAGUUGUGUUGUAGAGACCAGAUCUGUCUCCCUUCACAACAACCAUGAGUCUUAUGUUUAGACUAAUUUACUAGUUAUCUUGCCCUUUUCAUGGUUCGACAUUAUAUGUCUAAAUCAAAAUCAGCUUUUAAUUUAACUUAAACACCAACAAGUGCAAAAAAUCAACAUAAAAUGUGUCUUAAAUGUAAUAGUUAUUGUUUCAGUUUUAAUAUCAUAUAAUCUCGUGAUUUUUCCCUCUCUUAUGCAGACUUCCUCCUUUCAUUUGUAAACAUCUACCAUUGGAGUUAUUUAUUUGUGGACUCAUCUCUAAAUAUACAUAUAUUUAAUUGAUAAUUUGGAACAUAAUCAACUGGAUUUAGUAGUUAGAGGGUCGAUUAAAUUGUUGCAAGAUAUGGCAGUUUAUUAUGGCAUGCUUAAGUGUGUAUCACCAAUGAAGUAAUUUAACAUCAAUGAAUAUCAGGACAUACCUGUUUAUACUGAAUAGCUUCUGAUUUAUCUAAUCAAAUCGAUUAUCCUGGUGAUGGCAGCGAUAAAAAGCAAGACCAAAAGGCCAUCAAUGCCGUUGGUAUGCAAUUAUACAAACCAAUUUGGACCUCAGAUGAAAUUGUCCAUUAAGAUAAUGCUAUUUGUGUUGUUAAGCAGUCUAUCCAGUUACCAUUGUAAACAAUCGACUAUGCCUUACAUCAGUAUUGAAGAUUGCUCUUCUGAUGAAUAUUUUGAUAUUAUUACGCUUGAUUGUAAAAAGUGUGACUAUGAUAAUGAUCGUUCAACCAAUACAAUUGGUGCUGCUCGUAACAAUUCAGCUUAUGGAAAGAUGAAAUCUUAUUCUGGCUUUGAAUGUACCUGUCGAUUAGGUUUUUACAAACUUUACCAAGACAAAGGCUUCCAGUGUUUACUUUGUCCAUCAGGAACAGUUACAUCAAUUGAUGGUCUCCAUUGUUCACUUUGCUCAUCAAACCACCCAUUCCAACCAUCAUCAAAACAAUGUGUCCCUUGUCCAUCAAACAGUAUUAUUGAUGAAAGGUUUAUCGCCAAUUCCUCUGAAGAGCCACGAAUGGAGCGAUACUGUAAACCAUGUCCAGACGGUUCCAAACCAGUUGCUAAUGAUUCUUCUCAAUGUAUUCCGUGUCAUGCAUCAAUGAAAAAUUGCUCUUGCCCUAAAGACCAUUAUACCUUAUAUGGCGGACUAUGUUUACCCAAUGGUAACUUAAUUACUGAAAAAGUUGAUCUCUAUAAAGUAACUUAUGAGAAUGGUGAACAAGUAAAUUCAGCAUUUUUCAUGGAAAAUCUUCAAUCAUCCAUUUACCAGUGUCAAUAUCAAGGAAAUCGCUCAGCAUGUCAACUAUUGGCCAAUCUAUGCACUUUUCUCAAUUACAAUUUGUAUGAGACCAGUAGUUUUGGAGGCUUUAUUGGCAUCAAUAGUGUGAAAAGCAAAGCUAAUGCUUGUACCGAAUUCCUGAAACUAUCUAAAUUACCUUCGGUACCAUUUCUAAUUUAUGGUGACAAUGGAGUUAAUGAACUGAAGAAAGCUAAUGUUAUUUCAAAAAUGUUCAAAAUUGAUUCUAGAUUAGAGUUGAUUGCAGCUCGAUAUAAUGUUCAUGGAACCUUAGUUGACUACUCUCCAUUGAAAUUGGGUGAAUUGCAAUUAUGCCAAAGUGAACCUGAUUCAUUGGAUUCGGGUUUUUACUUUGGAACUAACUAUUACCAGAAGUGCGAAAUAGAUUUACGAACACUGUGGGAUACAAAAGCUUCUUCAAUCUCGUCCAUACUCCUUUAUGAUCUUUACCUUCUUGACGAUGAUCAAGAACCUAAUACCGUUUACCCAAUUCCAGUUAUAGUUACUAAUCUUAUGGAAAAUGGCGAGGCAGUUAAUAAAGGCGAUGAUGAACAAAAAAGACGUUUGGUGAGAAGAUUUUAUCUCGCAGAAGCUUUAAUUGGAAUUGAAUUGAAAAAAGAUGGAAUAUCUGAUACUCCUUUGGAAUCUUCAAAGUCAUCUGAAGCAUUCAAAGGUUCUUCUAAGCUGUCUGAAGGAAGCUCAGAUUACAUGCGAUAUGCUCAAAGUAUCACAAUUAACAUUGCUAUUAGUAAAACUGAUGGAAGUGGGUCCAUUUAUACUCCUUGGAUCAAAAUAACGUAUGGUACAGUUACAAAAGAAGAUUACAUUAAUGGAAUAAAAGUGCCCAUUGAAUUUUGUAUUAAUUAUUCAGCUGAUCAAAGUAAAAAUGCUCGUGAUUUAUCAAUUUGCCAGGGUGUCUUUUGUGGCUUUGCAGUGCUGAUUGCUCUUUUCCGAGCUUGGGCUUGGACAAAAAGGCAAGGUAAACAAGCUGUUGAUCCUGUAACCAUCUCGGAAUUUCUUUUGAUUAGUAUCAGUUUUUUAGCUGACGCUUUUUUCCUUGUCUGCCUCGGUUUCUCCAUCCAUUCGUUUAUCAUUUACAAACAACAAUCUGUUAUCCAUGGGCUUUUACCCUCGACAAGCUUUGAAUCAACAAUUAGAAUCUAUUUGUACAUUGCAUUUGCUCUUAAAUGUGUUAAAAUUCUCCAUGAUCUCAUCAUUUUAUCUCACACAAAUAUUUUUCUAAUUGACUGGGAACGACCAAGAGUGAUUACGGUGACUAAAAGAUCUCGACCUGAAGAAACAGAGAGGAAAACCGUUAACGAUGAUGGCAUUUUAUCAGCAAAUAAAAAGGCUUCAGCUUCCAUAAGUUCUGCUGGAGCUGGAACUAGAAAAUCAAGUGCUAGUGGAAACGCGAGUUCAAUUGGUUUAACUGAAAAAAUUAGCCAAGAUAAAUUACAUUUCGCUCAUUGUCCAGCAGUUUCUAUCUGGCGAACUUAUUUUGUUGCCAAUGAAUGGAUAAAACUUUGCACCUAUCGUCGCAUUAAAACGAGUUUACAUCUCUUUUUGGUUCUUUUAUUCCUUAUUGGUUUUGGUCUGGAAAAUUUGGCCACCAGCGAUACACAAAAUAAUUUGAAAAGAGACUCUGGUCAACGGUUUGUUCCUGAGAGUCAAACCUGUCGUUUGGCCAUUGGAAGUUUAGUAUUUUUUCUUCUUGGAUUGGCUCAACUAGGCUGGCAUCGUAUGUUUCAAGAACGAAUGUAUAAAAAUAAACUGGACGAGUUUGUUGAUUUGUGUUCAGUUUCGAAUGUAUCCCUUUUUUGUCUCCUCUAUCAACGCUUUGGCUUUUAUAUUCAUGGUCGUUCACCCAAUGGAAGAGCUGAUGUGAAUAUGAAGGAGAUGCAUGAGCUUUUGAAACGAGAGGAAGAUGAUUUAUGCUCUAAACGUGGUCUUCUUCCCAAUACGGAUCAGCAAACCUUUGAAAUGUUAUUACCAACAUCAAUCAAUGAUCAAUGUAAUCGUAUUCGAGCAUUAUUAACAACAUACUCUCAAGGUGCUGAAAGGAUGCAAGGUGUUGGAGGACAUCUCUUCAAGGUUGAUCUUGAAAAAGUGGUUCCUACUUAUGUAAUGUUGACCAAAUUUCUUUCCGGUUACAUUGAACAUGCUUUCAAGGAUGCUGAUUAUACAGUUAAAGAUAAGUCAAAUGUUGAAUCCAUCUUAGCUUUUGAACUUGCUGAACCAGGUGAAAGAGGAUUCCUUUACAAUGAUAAUGGACACUCUUUCGAUCAACUACUUUUUUGUGGAAAUGAGUUCAAGUUAUUUACCUUCGAAUUUAUGCUUUUUAUAUUCAUCGAUCUCAUUACGCACAAUUUUGUUGCUGCAGCCACUUUUACGUUCCUUAUUAUCGAAAUAAUUAAAUCUAUUUAUAUUGUUGCAUACAAGCGCAAUAUAGUCAAAAAGGCUCUCAUUGAUGAGAGGUUCCUCAUGUGAUAAACUUUUGGAGAUUGGACUGGCAACACAAAAUAUUUCAUCUUCUAUCAAUUGAUAUAAACUAAUAUUCUAGUCAUUUAUAAUUAUCUACGUUUCUAAUUGUUUGAACAUCUCAUUCUCUAAUUAUAAGAUCUCACCCAAAAAUUUUUCUGAAAAUCAAAAUUUGAACAAAAAAUUUCAAAAUCUAAAAUUCAUGACGAUUCCUUCAUUUUUAUUACAGAUUAAUAUAUAUAUUCGUCAAUACUUUACUUUCCAUAUGCAUAUAAUAAUUGAAUUUAAACUUUUAAUUAUAAUAAAAAAGAAAAGACCACAACA